ACUCUAGAACAGCGCGAAGGUUCCGCAUAUGAACUGCUGCCAUGGAGACGGGCGACAGCGGAGAGUCGGGGCCGCUGUGGGUGUCGGAGACUCUGCGGGUGCUCGGUGCUGCCCUCCGGGAGUGCGGGGCGCCCUCUGCCGUCUGGUUCAAAGAGAGCAGCCAGAAGAACCUGAAGAGCCGGGACUUCCUGGUUCCCCGGGGAGCGCUGCGGAAUUCCUUCCCCGAGGGAGAGGUUCCAGCAGAGUUGAUCCAGAAGCUGACAACGUUGAAUGUUCCGGGAAUUCUCCCUGUGAAGAGAUGUCAGCUGACAGACGCCGGACUCGUCAUCCAGUUGGACAGACCUGACACAUUCUCUCGUAUUCUUAGAGACUUCACACCGUAUCUGCGGCCUCUUCCGUCCUCCUCGGAGGGUGUGCAGGCCGCAUUGAUCCUGAACUGUGUCCCCCUGCACGCCUGCACCGGUCUAGGCACCUUCAAGCUCAGCCACCUGAGAGCCGUAUUAGUAGCCGAUCACCUGGCCGAGGUGCUCAGACUGAGCGGGAAACAAGUCCGUUUGAUCCCGCCAAUCAGGAACAAGGAAGUUGGCGAUUUUUUGAAGCAGCUGGGGAUCACCUGGCCUUCUGUUGCUGAAUCACCAGACCUAGAUCAGACCAUUUCCAGAUACAAGUAUUGCUUGAAGGAAGAACUUGGCGGCUGCAGUGUCAGUGGGGACUCGGUCCAGCCAGCAGAUGAGUCUUCUCCGUCCGUCCUCUUCCGUGUACAUCUGAAAUCCUGCUCAGAGGAGCAUGGCCUCUGCCUGGAGGGAUAUGACCCCAAUAUCGACCAUUUCCUGGUUACUGAGGAAGACCUGACCCAUGUGGCACGGCUGGAGAAUUCCGUCAAGGAGUCCGUGAAGGGGGCAGAACCGUGCGCCGUUCUUCAUGUUGUCAGCCGCGAGGAAGAGUUCCACCAGCAGAAACUGGACCUUCUCUGGAGACUGCUGGAGCCCGGAGCAGCAUCCGCCACUCAGAAGCAUCUCAUUUGUGGACCUGUGACAGUCCUCACUCCUCAGUCCCCGGUCAGCUGCUCUCAGUACUUUCAUUUGCGGAAGUCCCAGAUGCACAAAGCUUCCGUCAUGAAGUACGGGGACUGUGUACAAGGUGACAGCUGGGAUGAAAUUAUUACCUCUCUCACCUCGGCUGCAAUCAAAUUUGAGUUGAUGGCAACACCUCAUCGUACACAGGUAAACCUGAACUUAGAGGAAGCAAACAUCACAACGAAGGGAACAAAAAGCGGGGCAUUUGUGAUGUAUAACUGCGCCCGACUCUCCACACUGUUUGACAGCUACAACAGUGCCGUCAGCCAAGGAUUGUAUCCAGAAUUUCCAUCGGCUGCUGAAUUUAACUAUUCCAGCCUGAGCGAGGAGGGAGAAUGGCUCCUGCUAUUUAAUUACAUCAUGACGUUCCCAGAGGUGCUAAGCGAGGCGGCACAGAUCUCACUGACGUCCCCAGGCAUCCGUGUCACCGCCACCACUGAAGCGAUAUGCAAAUUCCUCGUCAGUCUCAGUAUGGACUUCAGCUGCUACUAUAACAGAGUGCACAUCCUGGGGGAGCCGUUACCUCACCUCUUCGGUUUGAUGUUUGCCCGCCUGCAGCUGAUGAAUGCCAUUAGAAGCUUGCUGCAUUCUGCACUCUCUACAUUACAUAUACAACCUCCGGCCCAGAUAUGAGUGUGGAGGGAA